CCAUGUGAGCUCUUGUGGGAUGGUUUCAGCGUAUGCUGGAAUGCGAGUGUCCAGUUGUAUACGGCGUCAAUAAACGUACUGUUGCAGCUGCUACCACCCCACGCAAACCCUGUCUGGUGGACGGGACAUGUAAGUUUACCGCUGACUUUGCAACAUCGGUCCUGUCACAUUUGA